AUGGCGGAAUCUGGACCAUCCCUGGAAUUCGGUCUGGAUCCGAUCGAGGAGCCUUCUGGCUCGCGUUUGGGAGGUCGGCUCCGAGAAGUGGAACUUUUGUCAAGUGAGUCUGCGAGAAGGACCAGAUUCUUCGAGAUGAAGACGAGGGCCUCGAUUACGUGGUUGGUGUUGGUCGUUGCGAGCAUGGCGAAUGCGAAUCUCCUGGAGAUGUCGCAGACCCUUUGGACCAAAUUGCUAUCCGGAGGUCUGGCAAAGGUGGGAUCUCUAGAUCCCCUUCGAGUUCCCGUGAUCAAGGUGGAUCAGUCCGAGGGAGACACCAGCUACAGGAUCGUCCUCAGGAACGUCGAGAUCACGGGGUUGAACGCUUCCAGCCUGGACAGCGUCCACGUCGCGAGGGGUAGACUAAAAUCCAACCUCAGUGAGUUCGAAGCCGGCUACGUCAGCUACAGCGACCUGAGAAACCUGGACACCAUCAGGUACAGGUUCCACACCCUGGUGAAGGAGUCGAAGAACGCAACAUCCGACUCGACUGGACGUCGCGAUGGGGUAUACUUCCAGAAGACCGACACCGACCAGCAAAAAUACCCCAACGGGAACUCGGAAUUCAGAAUUCCCUCCCAGGGGGUGUCUCAAUCCCAGGGAAGAUACGGAGAGUCCUUCGAGAGCCAGAAUUUCAGGUUCCAAACCGAAGAUCGACGUCCUGUAGAACUCAGAAGAGGCCAACCGGCGCAGACCAUCUUUGCGCAGUCCCCAACAUCGGAAGAACGCUUUGGGCAGAUUUCUAGAACAGGUUCCAUUAAAUCUGGAGAGUUUCGCGCUCCUGUCAGGGGUGGAGAUGCCGAAGAGUACCCUGCAAAGGAACAGAACCCGGCGCCCUCGGCGUCGCAGAACGUGGAGACCAAGUCCAGGCCAGAGGGAGAUUCGGAAAGCGAUUCUGUGGUGCCUCUUCGGGGUUAUGGGGUCCCGCAAAUGGUCCUAGGAAAAGCCAUCGUUGAGGGGGAGGCUGGAGAGAGAGUUGGUCAGAACUAUGGGAGCAGAGAGCAGCUCAGGGUUGGGUUUGGUCAGGGUGAGAGGAGGUUCUCCAGUGGAGGUGGACAAGGAGUUCCCACCAAUGGGGCAGGUCAAGAUUUUGGUGCCGAUAGGUUUAACGAAGAUUCCGAUAGCUCCUCCCGGUACACGUCCACGAAGUCAGGCGCCAAACUGGAGCAGCAGCCAGGAUACGUCGACAUCCUCUACGCCGACAACGAAGGGAAGGAGAUUAAGCACUUCGGCAACCUGAGGAUCGACGCCAGCCAGGAGACCAGGGUCUACGGCUUCAGGGAUAUCAUGAAGGACAUUCGGGAGAGCAUGAGGUACAUCGUCCACAACUUCACCGAGGGCGAGUCCUUGGAGAAGAGGAACGAUAAGUUCAGGGCGGCCAUCGAGACCAAGAGGAUCAAGGACCUCGUCAGGUACGCCAGGAUGUACCAGGAAAAGGAUGGAUAUUUCGAGCAGGGCAUGCAGCUGAUCUACCAUCUUGGUGACCUCGAAGGAGAGGAUCCCAAAAUCAACGAGGCGAAGCGGAAGAAGAGGCAGCACUCCGUAGAGGAUGUCGAAGUCGAGGACGACGUCAUGCACGUCAUCGUCAGAGUUCACGUGCCCAAGUUGAACGUGAAGGCCGGAUAUACCCUGACGGGAAAAGUCGACCAACAAGUUGUACGGGGAAACGGCCUUCUUUCUGCAAAUUUCACCGACCUGAUCGGAGACUUCACCGUGGAGCUGAAGAAGAUCAACGAAGAUCAGCUGAUCGUGCGAGCAGCUAGAGCUAAAUUGGUCGCCAGGGACAGGAAGGUCAAUCUUCAGGGAAUGGACCAGAAGGGCCCGGUGGACGCCAUUUUGGUGCACGGUCUAAUGGCCGCAGAGGCUGUCGCGGCGAUGCUGGCCGAUGACUUCGCCUCGAAAGCUUUAACCGAGAACAGCGCCGACGCGAUGAUCUACAAAAUGUACAAAGACCUGCCAGUAAAUUGA